AUGACAACCUCAGACUCCCCGAAGUCAGUGCUGAUCGUAGGUGGGGGAACCUUCGGCACCUCAACGGCCUACCAUCUCUCCUUGAAGUCAGAGGCGUACAAGAAUAUUACAGUUCUUGAUCGAUUCCCAGUUCCUAGCCUAGAGGCAGCCGGAAAUGACAUCAACAAAGUUAUCCGUAACGAUUACGCCGACCAGCUGUACGCCAGGCUCACAACUGAGGCUAUGGAGCUGUGGGCGGAUCCGCAGAGUAUCUACAAAGGCCUGUACCACCGGACCGGUUGGCUUCUUGGCGCAGCGGCGAAAUCCCAGGAUUUUGUACGCCAGUCAGCAGAAACAGCUCGCAAGUUAGGCCUUGUCAUCGCGCAACCCAUCACCCCAGCGGAGAUCCGAAAGCGAUGGCCGCUCAUCAAGGGACAGAUGGAUGGAUGGAGUACAGUAUGGAAUCAAUCAGCAGGUUGGGCUAAUGCGCAAGGUGCUUUAACACAGUUGGCACAGGCUGCGCAGGAGCAUGGCGUCCGGUAUAUCGACGGAGCUCAAGGACAUGUCAUUCAGCUCCUGUACGAUGAGCAUGGGAACUGCACCGGUGCCAAGGCCGCUGAUGGAAGUGCGUAUUUCGCAGACAUCGUAAUACUGGCCGCCGGAGCCGCAGCUGCAACUCUGUUGGACCUGAAGGGACAACUGGUAGCCAAGGGACACACCGUCGGCCAUAUCAAGUGCACGCCAGCGGAGGUGAAGAAGUACCAGGAAAUGCCAAUCGUUGCUCACUUGGAAGGCGGACUUAUAUUUCCCCCGCAAGAAGAUGGCAUUAUCAAACUCGGCGCGAUGGAUUUCGUAACGAAUUUCGAAGGUAGCAACGUGUCACUCCCGCGAUACAGAUCAGACAACAAGGGAGAUGGGGUGCCAAAGCCCAUUGAAGACAAGAUGAGACGGUGGCUUUCUGAAUGCUUCCCUGAGCUGGCAGAUCGUGAGUGGUUCGAGACGCGGCUAUGCUGGGACGCUGACACACCUGACCUGCAUUUCUUGAUCGACAGGCAUCCAAACCAUCCUGGGCUUCAUUUGGCGAUAGGAGGCUCUGCACAUGGUUUCAAAAUGAUGCCAGUCAUUGGCAAGUAUGUUGUCGAUUCACUAGAGGGCUCGCUGGAGGAAGAGGCCUGGAAUAAGUGGCGAUGGCGACCUGGCGCUAGAUUGCAGCACGCUAACCCGCAUCCCGGACCGCUGCUCGAACUAAGUGACAUUGCAGGCUUUCGAAAGCCAUCAGCCAAGCUCUGA